CCGAUCUCGCGCUGUGCGUGCCUCGUCGUCGCCUUGACGGCUCUCCUCGCCGUCCUCUCACUUCGUCAGAUCGCCCGCGUCGACCUGCCCCGUCCGGACCCGCCCCACCAGGACCAGGUAUCAAAUGAGCAGCUGUGGGGGUCUAAUGGCUACGGUUAUCGUGCUUGUGUCACACCAACCCAUAGAUAUAUUGCUCCAAUAGAGUCAGACCGCUAUAUGACUGUUAGAAGUAAUGGAGGACUCAACCAAAUGCGAACUGGAAUCUGUGAUAUGAUUGCAGUUGCCCGCUUGGUGAAUGCAACACUUGUUAUUCCUCAGUUAGACAAGCGAUCAUUUUGGCAAGAUACCAGUACAUUCAAAGACAUCUUCAAUGAGCCUAGUUUUAUUAAAGCUUUGGAAGGCGAUGUCCAUAUCGUAACUGACUUGCCCGAAACUUUGCAAUCUGCUGUGAGAGCUCGGAAACACUUUACUUCAUGGUCUGGUGCAAGUUAUUACGAGGGGGCAAAAGAACUUUGGAAGGAUCACAAGGUAGUUCACAUCCCGAAAUCUGAUUCACGUCUUGCAAACAAUGGUCUUCCAAUUGAUAUCCAGAGAUUGAGAUGCCGCUGUCUUUACCAAGCUUUGCGUUUCUCAGAUCAAAUUGAGGACCUUGGAAAGAAGCUUGUGGAGCGUCUGAAAUCACGCGGAAGAUUUAUUGCUCUUCAUCUGCGAUAUGAAAAAGAUAUGCUAGCAUUUACGGGCUGCACUUAUGGUCUGAGUGAAUCAGAAGCGGAUGAGCUGAGAAUCUUGAGAGAGAAAACAAGCCAUUGGAAAUUGAAGGACAUUAAUUCAACUGAACAGAGAACAGGAGGUAAUUGCCCACUGACUCCCCUCGAGGUGGGGAUGUUUUUACGUGCGAUGGGAUAUACCGAGUCCACGUGGAUUUACCUUGCAGCUGGUGAAAUUUAUGGUGGUGAUAAGUAUAUAUCAAAAUUGAGAUCGUACUUUCCGAACUUGGUUAGCAAGGAGGUGUUAGCAACAAAAGAAGAGCUUGAGAAGUUCAGGAAUCACGCUUCUCAAGUAGCAGCCCUUGACUACAUUAUUUCAGUGGAAAGUGACGUGUUUGUUCCAUCCCACUCUGGUAAUAUGGCAAGAGCUGUUGAGGGCCAUCGUCGAUUUCUGGGUCAUCGCAAGACUUUGAGUCCUGAUAGGAGAGGAUUGGUGGAACUCUUUGGUUUAAUUCAAAAGGGGGAACUUAUGGAAGGUCCUAAGCUGUCUUCACUUAUUUUGCGAAUGCAUAAAUACAGGCAAGGAGCUCCAAGGAAGAGAUAUGCUUCCUUGCCAGGUAGCAAGGGGAGAGAACGUCUCAGGACUGAAGAAUCCUUUUAUGAAAAUCCAUUCCCUGAGUGCAUCUGCCUGACUGGGAAGAACUGAUGUGAUGAUGGUGUAUAGCUUCAUAUGGUGACAUAAACUCACCUGCUCAACCUGCAUUAUCGUUGCGGUUCGGCCACUGGAGCUCUAGCUAUGUCUUGAAAGUCCAAAUCACACACGUACUCCAUGAUGUGAUCACGCAAGUGAGGCAAGGGCAUCACUCCUUAACUAAUCGACAUCCAAGAAUCUUAUCUGUCCAGAUGGAGGCCGGCAAGUAUAGUGAAACAACUGAUGUAUUAGUUCAUUUCUAGUCAUAGAGAUUUGACAUGUAGGCUUUAGCCAUGGAAGUUUCAAACGAUGUGUUCAGGUCUGAAAGUUUUGAUGUGCUUCCCUGAAGGGGUCUUUAGGUCUGAAUUUCUCUGUAACUAGAAGAGGAAGCUUACAUACUAUAACAACCUUAUCAGC